CUCUUUUCUCUCUCCUUCUGUGUGCCAGUCCCCCUCUCUCUCUCUCUCUUGCUCUCUCUCUCUCUCUCCCUCCACUUCCUCAAAGUGGCCAGAUCUCCUCUUUUCUCUCUUAUCCUCUUUACAUCCCCCCAACACUCUUUUCCUCCUUCCUCCAGCUGUGAGAGCGACCAGCCCCAACUCGGCCCGCUCUCUUUCUUCACUUCCACAAGUUAAAAAGGAUCUCAGGCACGCUACUUUUACAAAAACUUUUCCUGAAGACUUUAUUUUCAUACUUGACCUUUUAUUUUUUUGAACCUUAACCCUUACCCUCCGGAGAGGCUGCUUGCUGUGUCUGGCGUGUGCGAGACAGCGUGUGCGAGGGCUCCGGUGUCUUGCUCUUUGGCCCUAAGAGACUCCCCUAAAGGUUGUGACUGAAGGACAGACCAUCUCACCACCAUGAAUGUUCAGCUGCUUCUCCUGUUGGCCCUGGUCGGCCCUUUCUGUGCCUUCACACAUGCAAGCCCCACAGAGAUCCCUGAACCUGAAGAAGCAGUCCCUGAGGCUGCAACAGAAGUCAUCCCUGAGGCUACAGAGGCUCUAAAAGAGGAACUCACUGUCGUCACUGAGGCUCCUGCCAUUGAACCGGAAGCGGCCCCUGAAGAAGUAGCAACAGAAGCUGCCACAGAGGCCGCUCCUCCAGCCUUUACAAUCAGCACUGAGGAGCAAGUCGUUGAGACAGAAGCCCCCACUGAGGCUGCUGCUCCUGCUGCUACUGAGGCUGCAGGACCUGCCAUCACUGAUGCUCCCACCGCAGAGACCGAAGCUCCCCCAGCUCCUGCAGUUACUGAAGCUCCCGAAGAAGCAAAAGAGGUGGAGCCUGAGGUGACGGCAGCCGCCGAGGUUGAGGCAAACGGAGAUGUGGUCGUGGAAGGUGACGAAGAUGCCAUGUCUUCUGGUCAGGUAGUUGGCAUUGUGAUUGGUGCCCUGUUGGCAGUGAUCAUCGCCAUCGCUGUGGUGAUUGCUGUGGUGAGGAGGAUGGGCAAAUACUCCCCUUGAGGAAAAAAUCAGCCAAGCAGCAGGAGCGCCCAAGGUUCUGGAAAUUCUGAACUACUGAGCCGUGACGUCAUAUCCGAUCAUGAAAACAAGCACGAUACCAGAACUAAACUCAUCUAACCAGGACUCUGGACUGUUGCCAAAAAAAAAGAGGGGGGAGGGAGACUUGUGUGUGUUUAUGUAUGUACUGUAUGUAUGUAAGACAAGAGGGGUACAUGAGCAAACAUCCUCACCUCCCCCUGUCUCCUCCUUUACCCCCUGGAGCCACUGAUAUAAAAGGCUCUGUCCUCCCCUACUCGCCUGGCAGAGAACAAAACAAGGUGACGGCAGGAUGUCACAAAGAAUUUCAGGCCUUAUCAAGUGCAUUUUGUUUAAAUAAAAGAGAGCGAGAGAAAGAGGGAAAAAUGUUGGGGAUUAUCUGUCAUCUUUGGGUGAAAACCUCUCUUCUUUUAAGGAGCGACUGAUUCAGAUUUGCAUGGAAGUUUCGGAGGAUAAAAAAAGGAAAAUACUGCCAAAACUGAAGUGAAUUAAACACACAGAAACAGUGGGAGAUGGAAUGAAAGCAGGGCAGACUGUUACAAAUUCCACAGGAUGUAUAUACAAUGCAAGAGGACUACAUAGUAUACAGCUAAAGACUUUCUCAUAUGUUGCAGUUGCAUAGGCUAGCAUUUGAUAUUAUUGAAUACUUCGUACAAACAGGCCGCCUUAGGCAAAUGUAAAAACUAUCAGACUUUUAGAGCCCCCCUGAGCACUAGUUAAAACAUUUUCUCACAGAAUCCCUCAAAUGUUGGCCAACUGUAUGAAGCACUGUGUGCAGAGGUUGUUCUGACAUUACACUCUUUAGCUCUGAGGGCUAGAGUGGGGCUAACAGAAGAGAAAAGGCACCCUCAUUUGCAAGAGUAACGUGACAUUCUGCCCACUUUAACACUGACAUAUAAAAACCUAAUACAUAUCUGUGAAAUUUAGCAGAAGGGUUUGUGCCACUGUCUCUGGUAUUCUCUAGGUAGUUGGGGGGGUGGGGGGUGGGGAUUUUAACUUUUGAAGUGCAUUAUUAAUGUGAAUUGACUGUACUUUUUAACUGCCAACCCAUUCCAAAAAGAACAGCUUUGUUGACCUCUGGUAUGUUCCUUAUGAAGGCUUUCAUAGCCAGUGGUUAUUAGACAUAGAGAUAGCAUUGUCCUUACAAUGUAUUCAUAGUACUUCUGUUGAUAGUUAGAUUACCAGAACAGCCUCCAGUCUUUAUAUUUAGCUAACCCCAGAUUGAGUGCAGAGGAUGACGUUUCACAGUUGCACUUAGUUUUAGUGCACAGUGUUAGGCAGCAAUGCCCCAUUUUGUUAUUGUUGCAAUUGUAAGUGUGCUAAAUGGGUUGUACAAAUAAUGAAGUCUCAGCUUAGCUCCGCUUGCUUUACAAACUCGUUUAAUAUGUGCACUGAAUGAGUGUUGUAAUGUUUAAUGAAUAGGCUUUAGACACUGCAAAUGUUUGCAACGACAUGUGUUUUUGUUUCCUCCCUUCUGCUUUGCCACAUUUUAUCAGUUCUAGGACUUAAAUUUGUUUGAACCCUUUUAAUUUAAUUGCAGUGUUUCAUGUUCAUACUGUUUCAAUAAAAAACUGAAAACACUCCAUAAAA